AUGCAGGAGAACUAUGAGAACGUGACCUUGCUGGGGUGUCCAGUUUCCAAACCUGAUGUGAUCUCCCAGCUGGAACGAGGGGAGGAGCCGUGGGUUCCGGAUCUCCAGGGCUGUGAAGAAGGAGAGAUCCCCAGAGGUGCCUGCGCAGGUGCUGGGAUGGUGAGUGAGGAGAAGAAGCAGAAUCCUCAGCAGGAAGAUUCUGAGCAAGUGGCACCACAUGGGGGAUUAUCGCACGGCUCCAGAGGGAAUGUGUCCCGGCAUCGUGUGCAGGGCAAAGCCUGUGAGAGUCAGCACAGGCCGAGAGGGAGCAGAGAAACCAGUCAGCGGAGAAAGUGGGUAACUCCAUUAAUUGUCAGGGAACUCACCAGGACCUCCUGGAAACCACAGCCCAGCCGAGAAUACCCACAGGAGAGAGAAAAAACACAUGCACUGAGUGUGGAAAACAUUUCACUAACCACUCAGCCCUUUUAAAACAUCAGAGAAUCCACACAGGAGAGAGACCCCAUGAAUGCAGUGAGUGCGAGAAAACCUUCACUGUCAACUCAGACCUUACUGGACAUCAGAAUAUCCACAAGGGAAAGAUACCCCAUCAGUGCUCUGAGUGUGGAAAAACGUUCACACAGAGUUCAGCUCUUAUUACAUAUCAGAGGAUCCACACUGGAGUGAGACCCUAUGAGUGCCAUGAAUGCGGGGAAAAAGUCAGUGUCAAGACAGCCCUCAAUACACAUCAGAGGAUCCACAUGGGAGAGCACCCCUAUGAGUGCUGUGAGUGUGGGAAACUGUUCUGUCAGAAAUCAACCCUAAUUACACAUCAGGCAAGGCAUACAGGAGAGAGACCCUAUCAGUGCUGUGAGUGCGGGAAGGGCUUCAG